UGUCGCCCGAAACUUGUUCGAGCAAAAAGGACUAUGGAACACCAUUAAAGGAGGUUUAACGUGAGAGACGUCUGGAGUUCUGCAUUCCGAAGAACAAUCAGAGUAAAGAGCAGAUCGCACUGUCCGCGAUCAUGGUUGCGCAGAGACCCAAAAGUACUUCAAGCGGCAAAAGUAGUAAAGGUGGUGAGAAGGCAAAAGGACCGGACCCUAGUCUGUCCCAUACUGAUGUGCUACCAGAUGUCCCUGAAGAUAUCUUCCCCAUGGUUCUCACUUCGGCAACGCAGGAACUGUUCGAGUGCCGUGCAGAUGAGGACGUCACGCAGAACAACCCCUACAAGCUGCUCAAAAAGGAUGACAUACUCCACGACAUGAAAGCCAGGGCUGCUGUGUCCGACUUCCACCCAGUCAAGCAGACUGUGCUAAACUACCCUGGGGAGGAGCUUCUACUGGUGUUUGACCGAGAUUUCAAAUAUGGGCAAAGCUUCUAUCUCGUUUUGACCGAGGAAGCCAAGCAAAGGAUCCUACAACCCCCUGUGUCUACUGAUGAAGAGGAGCCUGAGGAGGAAUCAGAGCAAUAUGUUUGCAGAACACCUGAGCCUCAGCAGCCCUGGGUAUCCCUGGGCAGUGAGCUGGAAAUUGAGGAAGAAUCUGUGAAGGACACAAGAGAGAGGCUGAAAUAUCUAGUUUCAAGGGUGCGGAAAAAGUUUGGAGCACCAGUAAAUUUCACUGACCGCAAUGCCUUGGAGUCGAAGGAAGGGUACAUCGAAUGCACCUCGUACCAAGACAGAAACUUCAGACUCAUCCAGAUGGAGAGGAACAGUGCGACUCAAGCUGUUCUCAACCUGAAGAGUUCUGCCACGCAGACACAACGAACAUUCCCAAGAAAUAUGUACACACAAUACAAACCCAGAGAAUUGACAGAAGAAGAAAAGGAGAAUUACAUGAGUUCUGAAAACCUUAAAAACUUUGCCAGCUCAGCUUUUUCAAGAUUUGAGAUUGCUAUUCAGCAGAACAAGAUCAUGGACGUGUUCUUCGAUGACUGGCAAGCGCUUAGCGAGGGAGACAUUGCCUUUGGCGGGAAAGCUGACACUUACCUGAAAGAAUACCAGUCUUUCACAGAUCUGCAGUUCAGCAAAGACAAGUCAAUCAGCUGCAUCAAGUGGCACCCUACUAUUAGUGGCGUAAUCGCAGUCUCUGUAACGGAGAAGAUGUCUUUUGAAGAAAGGAUCAAUGGCUCCACUAAGCUGCUUCUAAACCCUCCUCUCAUUCUCUUCUGGAGCUUCUCUGAUCCUAUUAACCCCCAGUUAAGGCUGGAGUGCCCAGAUGAUGUCUUGUCCUUUGAUUUUUGUCCAUCUGAUCCCAACAUAAUUAUUGGUGGCUGCAUGAAUGGGCAGAUUGUUUUAUGGGAUGUCACUGCUCAUGCACAAAGGUUGCACGGUAAACGCUCCGGAGAGAGAAGGACCACCUCAGCAUACCCAGGCUCUUUCAUGGCCUUUGAAGAAGACAAAGAAAAUGAAAUUCCUGUUUUGUUGUACUGUGCUGUCUCGAGCAUAGAGAAUGGACACAAAGCACCAGUUACUGAUGUUCAGUGGCUGCCUGAAAACUUUGAGAUUUCCAUAACAGGAGUUCCAGUAGAAAACCAGAAUCAAAUUUGCGUCCAGGUUGUCACCUGUGCCCCUGACUGCUGCGUGAUGUUUUGGGAUAUUCGAGCACCUCGACCUGCUGCUCAUUCCCAGGCAGAAAGGAAACAGAAAAUGGAGGAGAAACAGCUGGAGAAUCCUCGUGGUAUACCUAACACAUUCAAAUACUUGGACCUGUCUUGGAAACCUCUCAUCAAGGUGAUGCUUCCAAAGACAGAUGCCAGUGGUGAAUACAGUCCGCUCAAAUUUAGCCUAAGAGACAACAUCCAUUGUAGUCGUCCAAGAAGUGGCAAAGAUAAAUCAGUGAAAACCACAGAUAGGCCUGAGGGGAAAGUUGAAUAUGCAUUGCUAAGAGUUCCCUCCGAAAAGCAGCUUAAGCCACUAGAGGAUAUCAGCACCAUGUUCUGUGUGGGAACAGAAGAUGGAGAACUCGUAUACACCAGUUGGAAGUUGGGGAAGGAUGAUGACUCUGGAAGGCUGCUCAGUGGGAAACCCUCUCGUUGUUUCAUUGUACACGACAGCUUGGUCAACACUGUCAAGAGGUCACCCUUUUUCAAAGACAUCAUCCUAACUGUGGGAGGCUGGAACUUCGCUGUCUGGAAAGAGAGCGUCAUGAACGGUCCAAUCAUCCUUUCCCCCUGCUCUCAAAAGAGAUGCAUGGUAGGCUGCUGGUCUCUGUCAAACCCGGGGAUGUUCUUCAUUGGGAAGGAGGAUGGGAAUAUUGAAGUGUGGGACUUGCUGGAGAAAACCCAUGAGCCGUCUCAUAUACAAAACAUCUCCACAGCCUCAAUCACUUGCAUGAAGCCCUGGAUUAUCUCUUCAAAGCAGCACUUUUUGGCAGUGUCUGAUGAUUUUGGAACUCUGCAUAUCCUACAGAUACCAUGGACUCUCCGUAAUCCAUCAAGCAGUGAGUCCAGUGUUAACAAGUAUUUUGAGAAGGAAGUGACGAGGCUGAUGUUCUUCGACAAACGGAAGGAGACGAUGGCAAAACAGAAGACAGCUACGGAGGCUGAGGAGCAAAAGAAAAAAACAGAAUUAUUAGUGCCAGAAAAGCUGUCUGAAAAGACUGAGGAAGAAAGUCUGGCAGAGUAUGAGAGUUAUCUGACCUUGGAGAAAGAUAUUCUGAAGGAAAUGGGUGUCUCACUACAAGAAGAAGAUAAGCCUUCAAAUGAAGUGUAGUUAAAUAAUUGUAUGUUAUUUAUUGCCACAC